AUGGGAAACUGUUGCUCGACCGAGACUUCAGCCGUCGUAACACGGCGUUCAGACGAGAAGAAUGAGGUCCACACUGCACCGUACGCUGCUCUUCCGUCCAGUCCACAUAAGCUCGCAGCUUCGGACGACACGGAGACGCGUGUGAACAAGGACGAGGACCCAGCGUCGUCCUCAUCACCUUCCGAGCCGCAAGUAGAUGCUUUUGUACCGCCUCACUGUCCCAGUGACAGCCACAUGGAGAAUACACACCAUGUUAAGAUUGGUGACUACAAUUUGCGCUACUCGUACUACUCGAAACGUGGGUAUUAUCCAGAAGCGAGGAAGAAAGCCAACCAAGACAGUUAUUACUGCGAGACACACUUUGCAGGAGAUGAUCAAAAAGCUUUUUUUGCCGUUUUUGACGGUCACGGACAGUAUGGAGAUAUUUGUUCGCAGUUUGCAGCCGAACAGUUGCCCGAGAACAUUAUCAAGAACUUUGAAGAAAACGUCGGCAUCCUACCGGCUCUUACGAGGGCCCAUAUGUUGACAAAUAGAGCCAUGCACGAGGCGAGUUUUGAUGACUCAAUGAGCGGCACGACGUCUAUUUCCGUGCUCUUUUGUGGCAACGAAAUCCAUGUCUCGAACGUCGGUGAUUCUAGAGCGAUUAUUGCGCAGGAGAACCUUAAGGCGUCUACGCGUGAAGGCGAGACUAAUUUGGUCGCCAAGCCACUGUCGAUCGACCAGACGCCCUUCCGCCAGGAUGAGCGAGUUCGUGUGAAGAAAUGCGGCGCGCGUAUCUUGACAGUAGAUCAAGUAGAAGGUUUGGAGCCUAUCCAUGAGAACUGGGGCUUAUCGCUUGGUGAUGAGAUCGACGAGAACGGAGACCCACCGCGCAUUUGGCAUCCCUACGGACAGUAUCCCGGAACUGCUUUCACACGCAGUAUGGGAGACUUGGUGUCGAAAGAUCUUGGCGUGACAGCUGAGCCGGAAAUUUUAUGCAAGAGUCUGAACCCCCACGAUAAGUUUAUUGUCGUGGCGAGUGACGGUGUGUUCGAAUUCCUCACAAGCCAGAAUGUCGUUGAUAUUGUGAAGAAGUAUGAUAACCCGUCCGAGGCGUGUCAUGCGCUUGUCGAGGAGGCAUACAACCGCUGGCUUCAGUUUGAAGUACGAACGGAUGACAUUACUGCGAUCUGCAUAUUCCUGGAUGGUGUUACCCCAGCCAAGGAACGCGAUGGUCCUCGCGGGAGUAUUUACGUUGGUGGAGAGGUUCUGGAUCUACAGUCAAUGCAAAGGCCAGUACGCGGUAUCUCCAAAAUCCACACACGCAGGAAUACAAUCGUGGGAACAGACGCGAUUCGUUUAUCGCUUGCAGAGGCAUUUUUGGAUGACGAUGACGAGUUCGGGAAGCUUCCGAGUUUGAUUGAAAGUGAGAGAAAGUCAGAGGAAGAAGAGGAGUGGAUCAAGAAGGCUGUCCAGGGUAGUUUUCUGUUCAAUCACUUGAGCGCCAAAAAGAUCCACGAAGUCAUUUCAGUGUUGAAAAAAAUAGAGUUCAAUGCUGGUGACACUGUCAUGCGCCAAGGAGUUCCGGGCAACACGUUCUACCUGGUGGAAUCUGGUGAAUUUGAGGCUCGCCACAUUAACGGUGAAGUUUCGGAGCUAUCACUUCAGAACGAUUCCUCUCCGGAAGCGUAUGGCGAGGUUGUUGAAGUGUACAGAGCUACUGACAACUCUCACCCAACUUUCGGUGAGCUGGCGCUUUUUUACCCGAAACCUCGCGUAAACACGGUCGUUACGAGGACAAAGGGUACUCUAUGGGCGCUCGAUCGAAUUGCUUUCCGUUCGAUUUUGAUGCGGGGACGACCAUUGCGCGAUGUCGUUCGACGGCUUCGUCAGAUUAGCUUACUACGCCCACUGACUGUUGCACAGACGAACCUCGUUGCAGAAGAGAUGCGCACUGUUGUUUUCGAACCAAAUCAAGUUGUCUUUCACGAGGGAAUGGCAGAGCCUGGAUUCUUUCUAAUUACUAGUGGUCGCAUUGAAUCAACCUCCAAAAUGGAUAACGUGGCACCCGUCGAACUUAAGACGUUUGACUAUUUUGGCGAAAUCGCACUAGUUCGAAGACGGUCGAUCAGCCAACGUUCCAUUCGAGCAAUUGAGCGCACCGAGUGCCUCUUCAUCAGAAAGGAUGCACUGGAAUUGGCUGUUGGCAAGCUGUCUUCGAUUUUAGAGAAGGACAAACUGCGUCGGGCACGAAAGGCGCGGAUUGCCGAGGCGCAAAAGAAGGCAACGACAAGCACAUUCGUCCAAUAUGACAACGAGACGAAGACAAACAUGCCUAAGUCAAUUGAUGACCUAGAGGUUGUUGGAAGCGUAAUGUCCGACUUGAUUAACACUGUCCGUCUGGUGGAGAUCAAGGGGUCGUCGUCUCGACAAUAUUUGACUUUGCGGUCGGUGAGCAAGCAAGCAAUUGUUGACGCUGGUAUGCAGAAGCAUGUCAGUGGUGAGCGUGACAUCUACGUCUCUCUCUACGAAAAGAAUGCAUUGGUGCCACAGUUGUUUGGAAUGAACUCCAAUGGCUCGGAUAUCCACAUGCUGUAUGACACACAAAUCGUGGGCACCCUCGAGAGUUUUUUGGAUGGCGAGCCACACGGAGAGUCUUUCGUUCGCUACUAUGCUGCGCAAGUGGUGAUGGCGCUCGAGUUCAUGCAUGUGGAGGGCAUUGUCUCGCGAACGGUUGACCCGACGAACCUCAUGGUUGAUCGCAGUGGAAACCUUCGCAUGAUCAACUUGAGACUUUCCAAGUAUGUUGGCCGUGGCCGAACCUACACUGUCUGUGGUACUCCAGAGUAUCUAGCCCCGGAGCAAAUUACUGGCGAAGGCCACAACAUUGCUGCGGAUUACUGGGCGCUUGGUGUACUCAUGUACGAAAUGCUAACUGGCGCGACUCCUUUUAACCGAGAAAACGAGAAUGAUUUGGAGAUUCUAAAUGACAUUGCAUCGUUUCGCCCGGUUAACUUGUCGUGGCCUGAGCAUACAAGUGCCGAGCUGAAGGAUAUUAUCGAGAAUCUUUUGAGCCCUGACCUUACACAUCGUCUCGGAUACUCGGAAGUCCGCGCUAGUGCCUGCGAGCCGAUCAAAAAGCACGCGUUCUUUGCUGGAACCUCGUGGGAGGCCACAAAGAUGGGCUCGUUCUCGGCACCACUUGAGCCGGAGGCUGCAUCAGAAUUCAAGCAGGUUGCAGCUAGCGGAAGCCAAGAAAACCUGAACAUUGGAAAUGUGUAUAAGGGCGACGUUGACUGGCUUGCCGGGUUCUAG